AUGAGUGAAGUAAAUGUACCACUGAAUACUUGUUCAAAAAUAUUUAUACAGAGAGAUUAUUCUAAGGGUCUUGCCGUUCAGUUCGAUACUUCUUUUCCAAUUGGGCUCAUUGGAAAGAUUAGUGAAUCUGACUGGAAAAAUACAAUAACAACGAUAAACACGUAUUAUAGCAGAGCGGAAGAAGUUUGUUGUGCAUCGGUCUUGGAAACGUUUGUUGGUUGUUUUUCAUGUUAUCUUUCUCGACUUUUUAUGAGUGUUGGUUUUACGCAAUAUGAGAAUCAAUUAAAAGAAAUUAGUAGAUUUCUAUCGGAAGAAAAUCUAAAGAUUUAUUUGCCUGCGGGAGUUUAUUUAACUGAUCCAAUCGAAAGAGGAUUUCGUGUGUUUGAAAUUAGCCUCAUCACAACGUCACCAGUUCUGCCUCAUAAUGAAUUUCCUGUUCGAGAGAAUUAUGCAACAAGUCUAGGUGGAACAACUGAUGGCUGA